GUGACUCGCCGGGUAUUUUAACCCGGCCCAGCCCGCUAAGCACCGGAAGUGGAAUACAGAGGUGCGCCGGAAGUAAGGUACAGAAGUGCGCCGGAAGUGGGGUGCGGAGGUGUGCCGCGCGCUGUCAGACUGGCUCGCAGGCGGCGCGGCCGGCGGACGCGUUCGAGACUGCGCGGGCGUCUCGUGUCCCCUGGGGCUCCGCAGCAGAACAACACCAUGGACAAAAUGGAGUUAAUUGAAUACUUUAAGUCUCAGAUGAAAGAAGAUCCUGACAUGGCCUCAGCAGUGGCUGCCAUCCGGACGUUGCUGGAGUUUUUGAAGAGAGAUAAAGGGGAGACAAUCCAGGGCCUGAGGGCGAAUCUUACCAGUGCCAUAGAAACCCUGUGUGGUGUGGACUCCUCCGUGGCAGUGUCCUCUGGCGGGGAGCUCUUCCUUCGCUUCAUCAGCCUUACCUCCCUGGAAUACUCCGAUUACUCCAAAUGUAAAAAGAUCAUGAUCGAACGGGGAGAACUUUUUCUCAGGAGAAUAUCACUGUCAAGAAACAAAAUUGCAGAUCUGUGCCACACUUUCAUCAAAGACGGGGCGAGAAUAUUGACUCAUGCCUACUCCAGAGUGGUCCUCAGAGUCCUGGAAGCAGCCGUGGCAGCCAAGAAGCGAUUCAGUGUAUACGUCACAGAGUCCCAGCCUGAUUUGUCAGGUAAGAAAAUGGCCAAAGCCCUCUGCCACCUCAACGUCCCUGUCACUGUGGUGCUGGAUGCUGCUGUUGGCUACAUCAUGGAGAAGGCAGAUCUUGUCAUAGUUGGUGCUGAAGGAGUCGUUGAAAACGGAGGAAUUAUUAACAAGAUUGGAACCAACCAGAUGGCCGUGUGUGCCAAGGCACAGAACAAACCUUUCUAUGUGGUUGCAGAAAGUUUCAAGUUUGUCCGGCUCUUUCCACUAAACCAGCAAGAUGUCCCAGAUAAGUUUAAGUAUAAGGCAGAUACUCUCAAGGUCGCACAGACUGGACAAGACCUUAAAGAGGAGCAUCCGUGGGUCGACUACACCGCCCCUUCCUUAAUCACCCUGCUGUUUACCGACCUGGGUGUGCUGACACCCUCAGCAGUCAGUGACGAGCUCAUCAAGCUCUAUCUGUAACCUGGGGGCCCUCUGCUGCCAAGGUGUGAGUAGCUGCUUGACACCCCAAGUGAGCAAGGCCAAAACUGAGAUGUGUUUUAAUGAAGAUUUAUGGCCUAAGGACUUAAAAUCAAUCAUCCAUCUUGGAGAACCUUUCUUACUCAUUGCAUUUCCAUCUAAGAAUGUGUCAGUUAUUCCAAAACCCAACCUAAAUUGUUCUUACGCUUUCUAGAAACUUUCAUUUUCUGUUUCCAGAAAUACAAGUUAGAUUAUUGGCUACUUACCUGAUGAAAGAUGAACCCAAGUCCACCUCUCUUCAUCCUCCCCUGCACUCGACUGAUCUGCCAAAAGCACUGACAUGCAGGCCAAAAGGCAGCCACACCCCUCUGCAACAAACGACCAACGGCAGGCCAGGACAUGUCACACGUGGUGCCUUGUGAGAGGCAAGAAACACCUGCUGAAUCUGCAUCUGGCUUCCCGUGGUGAGCACAUUCCUCAACAGGAUCAAGCCAAACGGCAAAAACUACCAAGAGAACACGAGGAAGUCCGAAGCCGCAUUUAGCCGUGGUACUCCACGUGGCUCACCACUUAGGAUAAUGCUUUCUGGAAGAUUUGUAAACUGCAACUCUGUGUAUGGAAGAGAUCUUUAAAUGUUUGGGUCCUAAACAGCUUUUUAAAAUUAUACUUGGAAACAAACUCAGUAUCUUUUCAAAUACAUUCUAUGAAAGAC